UGGACUAUUGACCCUUUGAUGCCUAUAAUUGCUUUUUCUUCGUCUCAUUUCCAUUUUCGAUCUAAACCUGAAGAAAGGUUUUCUUUUUCCUUUCUUGAGUGCUUCAAGUGAUUUUUCCCAGAAAGAGAAGUUCUUUUAAGACCGACUAGAUUCCGACAAAAGGGAAAAAGGAAACAUGUCUCUACUCAGAAGGAGGAAACCCAUCAAUGAAUCUUCAGAUUCAAAACCCUUAUUGGAGAAAGAGGAAGAACAACACCACCAAGAAGAUCAUGAUGAAGACGACAACGAUGAUGGUAAUGGCAAAAACAAGAAAACCCCAUCAAAGAUCAGGAAGGAACGUGGGGAGAAACCUCCAUCGCCUCCGCCACCACCACCACAGUCUAAGUGGUCGUGUUUGGACACGUGCUGUUGGUUCAUCGGUUGCAUAUGUAUAACGUGGUGGCUGCUGUUGUUCCUUUACAAUGCAAUGCCAGCUUCAUUUCCUCAGUAUGUAACGGAGGCAAUAACGGGUCCUUUGCCCGACCCGCCUGGUGUGAAGCUUAAGAAGGAAGGGUUGGAGGCUAAGCAUCCGGUGGUGUUUGUUCCGGGGAUUGUCACCGGUGGGCUUGAGUUGUGGGAAGGACGAGAGUGUGCUGAAGGAUUGUUUAGAAAGCGGCUAUGGGGUGGUACUUUUGGUGAAGUGUAUAAAAGACCUCUAUGCUGGCUGGAACACAUGUCAUUGGAUAACGAAACCGGUUUAGAUCCUUGUGGCAUAAGAGUGAGACCCGUCUCUGGACUAGUAGCUGCAGAUUAUUUUGCUCCAGGGUAUUUUGUGUGGGCAGUUCUUAUUGCUAACUUGGCUCGGAUCGGAUACGAGGAGAAGAACAUGUAUAUGGCUGCCUAUGAUUGGAGACUCUCUUUUCAAAACACUGAGGUACGUGAUCAAACACUGAGCCGUAUUAAGAGUAAUAUCGAACUGCUGGUUGCUACGAAUGGAGGGAGAAAAGUAGUAGCCAUUCCACACUCCAUGGGAGUUCUGUAUUUCCUACAUUUCAUGAAGUGGGUUGAGGCACCUGCUCCCAUGGGUGGUGGGGGUGGCCCAGAUUGGUGUUCAAAGCAUAUUAAAGCCGUGGUUAACAUCGGUGGGCCGUUUCUCGGUGUUCCAAAAGCUAUUGCCGGGCUUUUUUCUGCCGAGGCAAAGGAUAUUGCAGUUGCCAGGGCUCUUGCACCCGGUUUUCUGGAUAAUGAUAUAUUUCAGUUUCAAACAUUGCAACAUAUGAUGAGAAUGAGCAGGACUUGGGAUUCAACCAUGUCGAUGAUACCGAGAGGUGGGGACACAAUAUGGGGUGGUCUAGACUGGUCACCAGAGGAAGGUUAUUCUUGUAGCAAAAAGAGAGAACAGAAGAACGACACUCAGAUCACGGACCAAGCCGGUGCUGAAAAUGCAGUCUGUAAAGCUAGAAGUGUUAAUUAUGGAAGGAUGAUAUCUUUUGGAAAAGAUGUUGCCGAGGCACCUUCAUCCGAGAUAGAGAGGAUAGACUUCAGGGGUGCUAUUAAAGGUCAUAGUGCUGCAAACACAACUUGUCGAGACGUGUGGACGGAGUAUCAUGACAUGGGAUUUGCCGGUAUCAAAGCAGUAGCCGAGUAUAAAACUUACACUGCUGAAUCAAUUGUUGACUUGCUUCAUUUCAUUGCUCCGAAAAUGAUGGCUCGCGGUACUGCUCAUUUCUCCUACGGAAUUGCAGAAAACUUGGAUGACCCUAAGUAUAAACACUACAAGUACUGGUCGAACCCUUUGGAAACAACGUUGCCAAAUGCUCCAGAUAUGGAAAUCUUUUCUCUAUACGGAGUUGGCCUACCGACCGAACGAGCAUAUGUGUACAAGUUAUCUCCGCAUGCCGAGUGUAGUAUUCCAUUUAAGAUCGACACAUCGGCUGAUGAUGAAGACACCUGCCUGAGGGAUGGUGUGUAUUCUGUUGACGGGGACGAGACAGUCCCGGUUUUAAGUGCUGGUUUCAUGUGUGCUAAAGGUUGGCGUGGUAAAACCCGAUUUAAUCCAUCCGGGAUUCGAACGUACGUAAGGGAGUACAAUCAUUCCCCCCCAGCCAACCUACUCGAGGGACGUGGCACCCUCAGCGGUGCUCAUGUUGAUAUCAUGGGAAACUUCGCAUUGAUCGAGGAUGUUAUAAGGAUAGCUGCCGGUGCUUCUGGUGAAGAACUGGGAGGGGAUCAAGUUCAUUCAGAUAUCUUUAACUGGUCCGAGAAGAUCAAGUUGCAACUGGACGACGAUACACCGGCCCAUUCAUCCAGGUGAUUCAAUGAAGUGGCUUCCAUAUUACUUGAACAAGUGAAGAACGUGGAUAAUUUCUUUGUAUGGUAUUUGAGAAGUGAACCAGGAUUUGGAUUGUAGAUUUCAUUGUUUAGCUGCUAUAUCUUUACCUUAACAUCAUCUAUAAAUUGUAACAUAAUUUUACCAAGGAUUAUGCACUGAACCUAUUAGGAGUUGGAUAUAUAUUUUUUGCAUUUCUUUAAUAAUUGAACCUAUUAGGAGUUGGAUUUUUUUAUAAGCAAUGAAAAUUUAUUAUUAUA